AUGUUUUAUCAUCAAGUAGUGGGGCUGGCAGUGUUUGGAGGUAUGUUUGGGCAUCGUAAGAAGGGGCAGGCCGGGCAGAGGGGUUUGGGUGAGGAUCCUGGGGCAGGGAAGAGGGGUUUGGGUGAGGAUCCUGAGGUGGGGCAGGCCGGGCAGAGGGGUUUGGGUGAGGAUCCUGAGGUGGGGCAGGCAGGGCAGAGGGGUUUGGGUGAGGAUCCUGAGGUGGGGCAGGCAGGGCAGAGGGGUUUGGGUGAGGAUCCUGAGGCAGGGCAGAGGGGUUUGGGCGAGGAACCUGAGGUGGGGCAGGCAGGGCAGAGGGGUUUGGGUGAGGAUCCUGAGGCAGGGCAGAGGGGUUUGGGUGAGGAUCCUGAGGUGGGGCAGGCAGGGCAGAGGGGUUUGGGUGAGGAUCCUGAGGUGGGGCAGGCAGGGCAGAGGGGUUUGGGUGAGGAUCCUGAGGUGGGGCAGGCAGGGCAGAGGGGUUUGGGUGAGGAUCCUGAGGCAGGGCAGAGGGGUUUGGGCGAGGAACCUGAGGUGGGGCAGGCAGGGCAGAGGGGUUUGGGUGAGGAUCCUGAGGCAGGGCAGAGGGGUUUGGGUGAGGAUCCUGAGGUGGGGCAGGCAGGGCAGAGGGGUUUGGGUGAGGAUCCUGAGGUGGGGCAGGCAGGGCAGAGGGGUUUGGGUGAGGAUCCUGAGGCAGGGCAGAGGGGUUUGGGCGAGGAACCUGAGGUGGGGCAGGCAGGGCAGAGGGGUUUGGGUGAGGAUCCUGAGGCAGGGCAGAGGGGUUUGGGUGAGGAUCCUGAGGUGGGGCAGGCAGGGCAGAGGGGUUUGGGUGAGGAUCCUGAGGUGGGGCAGGCAGGGCAGAGGGGUUUGGGUGAGGAUCCUGAGGUGGGGCAGGCAGGGCAGAGGGGUUUGGGUGAGGAUCCUGAGGUGGGGCAGGCAGGGCAGAGGGGUUUGGGUGAGGAUCCUGAGGUGGGGCAGGCAGGGCAGAGGGGUUUGGGCGAGGAACCUGAGGUGGGGCAGGCAGGGCAGAGGGGUUUGGGUGAGGAUCCUGAGGUGGGGCAGGCAGGGCAGAGGGGUUUGGGUUUAGGGUCCUGA